UUGUCUCAUAAAUCUUCUUUUCAGGAGAAAGCAGGAAAAUUGCUUGCUGGUAUAAUUGCAUAUUCCAUUAGUGUGGUAUGUCUAAUACCAGCUGUAUUCAUUCUGUGGUUUUUCCGAACACUCCGACACCAGCCGAUGUUCACAGUGCACCGUCAUCUGUUGAUAUCGUUCCUGCUUCUGGGUCUGCUUUACCUAAUCACCAGCACCUACUUCUUCUUCGAGGGUUCACCUGGUUUCGGUCAAACCAAUGCCAAUCAUAUUGUUUGCCGUAUCCUGUUUCUGGUCCAAUUGCGUUACCUUCGACUCGCCACCUUUAGUUGGAUGCUGGCCGAAGGCGUCUAUCUGUUCCGUCUUUUACAAAGUGAUAGUGCCGAUGGUGACAGCCUGACCGUCUACAAAUUACUUUGCUGGGGUGUGCCAGCGGUCAUCUCCAUCAUGUAUGGCUUGCUUCGAUUAUUUUACAACAACGAAAAAUGCUGGUUUGAACCAACGGAAAACGGUUUUGUUGAAGCCACUAUAAGGGUCCCUUGUUUAUUGGCACUCGCAGUAAAUAUAGUAAUAAUGUCGCGAAUAUUGUAUAUUUUGGUGAAGAAACUUCGACAUGAUCCACAUUUGGAACGAAUACAGUAUAAGUGA